AUGGUAAAGGCCGGUCUUUAUUUUUACGGAGUUCGGCCGUAUUUGCCGUCAACUUUGUUGUUCCGAUCUUACUGGGUUGUGGCUUUGGGCACGGCUCAGGUCUUUCAGUACGGUUACGUAGUCUACAGCGAUCCUGACAGCUUCUCCGAAUUCAUGGACGGAGUGAGCAGCGCGAUGGCACACUCGCUGCUCUUCAUCAAGCUGAUUAUCUUGUGGGUCAAUCAACGUCUCGGGGUCCUCGCCGCUAACGCGGGCGAUCCCGAGAAAUGGGAGCCAUACAAUCGGGAGCUCAUCCUGAAGAUGAAAUUUCCGUUCGAAAUUAGCACGCAUCCUAUAUACGUGGCUGUCACGGUGGUACAAUUCAUCCACUUAGUGUUUGUUGGCUGGGGCAUUGGCUUUGUCAACACACUUCUCGUCAGUCUGAUACUUCACAUCGGUGGUCAAAUCGACAUUCUUCAGGACUGGUUCAAAAGAGCAUUCGCUAGAAACGAAUUGGAGCAGUCGAACGAGAUUACGCCACAACUGCUGGUAACGAAGCACCAACAGAUUAUCAUGUUCUCGGAGAACAUCGAGAAUCUCUACACAUACAUCGCAUUCAUGAUAUUAUUGUCGAACACCCUGAUCAUUUGUUGCUUAGGAUUCGUCAUUGCCACUUCUCUUGACGAGCCCAACGCUGCGGCAAUUUUGGUGAAGUCUUUCAUGUUUUACGUCACGAUGAAUCUGGAUGUGUUUACAUACUGCUACGCCGGCGAGUAUUUGAGCGCGAAGAGCAAAAUGAUCGGCGACGCAGCGUACGAUUCUGUUUGGUAUAACGUCGCGGCGAAGAAUAGUCGGAUCGUGUUUUUCGUCGUUUUGAGAUCGCAGAAACAACUAACGAUUACGUGCGGAAAAAUCAUGGACCUUACUUUGGAACGUUUCACUAGCGUUGUGAAAGCAUCGGCUUCAUACAUGUCGGUGCUUUUGGCGAUGUACUGA